AGAUGCUGGAGUGCCAGAGAUUUUUCCGGGAGAGGACCUCUUCCUGUUCGCACACGCACUUUGCCAGGAAAAGCUCAGGAAUGAUGAUGUGACGCUUCCCCCGCCAUCACCCAUUAGUUCGAUGACCACCAGAGCCGUCUACAACUACGAGGUCAUCCGGUCCACACCAAAAUCGGCUACUGCAUUACCAACGUUCCGGGCGUCCUCCACUGAACCCCAUACGCCAGUAUCAGUGCCCUCCACUGAGGAGAAAACAAGUCAGACACAGCCACAAGGGAUACCAGGGUCUCCAACAACACUGCCCAUUACUCGCCAGGAUAAAUCGACAUCGUCACAUGUGAUAACUUCGGCCACAGACGCACAGCAAAUUACCCAUGGGAAUAGCUCGAUAUCUCCGCGGGAGACAACCACGACCCCAACAGCUCUGCCAAUUACCCAGGGUGAGAGCUCAACAACGCAACCGGAGAAAGCCUCCUAUUCAGCAACACAGUCAAUUACCUUCCUGACUGCAAUAACAAGAACCCUGAGCACUUCAUUAUUACCGGCAUUUCCGGUAGAGACUACAUCCUCGACGUGGAUGGCCACCCUCAGGCCAGAGAUAGGGAGCGCUCAGAGGCGAGAAGACUUGCUGUGGCCGCAAUAUAUCGGCGUUGGGAUUGUCUUUGUCAUGUGUAUUGGCGGGGUCGGUUUGGUCUUGUGUAUCAUCACACGUCGACUGCAGACAUACCGACCACCCGCAGUUACAGAUCGACAUCGCCACGAGGAGAAGUCUCAUUUCCAAAAGCACAGCUUGAAGUCGGGACAUCGCCAUGGGAGAGAUUCUCGACUCCGACAAGGCAGCCAAGUACCCACGGUGAUAGCUCAACGUAGCCUUGGGAGAAAAACUCGUCCCCAACACCACUGCCAAUUGCGUCUGGGGAUGGGUCGACAUCGCGAGGGGAGAAACACUCGUCCCCAACAGCACCGGCAAUUGCCUGCGCUGAGAGCUCGAGAUCGCUUCUGGAGAAAACUUCGCCCCCCACAAAACUGCCAAAUACGUAUGGGGAUGGCUGGACAUCGCGCCUGGAGAAAACGUAGUGCCCACCAACACCACCGAUUACCUUCCUAACAGAAAUAAAUAUCAAGAACCCUGACCACUUCAUUAUUGCCGGAAUUUCGGGUGGACACUACCGUUGAGGGCACCUCCAGACGAGACCAACAGAAUGUUCACCGCACAGAAGAUUAAGCUAUGGCUGCCAUAUACUGUAUCGGUUACGUCCUCGAAGAGGACGUCAUCUCAAGGACAAACGUACAGAAUUGUCACCAUACAGAAGACCAGCUAUAGCUGCAGUAUAUCGGUGUGCAACUGUUGGUACUGACUGGGCUGGUGCUGUUAUCUUCAUUUUUAGUAGGGUGAUUAGAAGACAUCGCCAUGGGAAAAACAUUGUCCCAGCAAUAGAAAUAGCCAAUUCCACCAGGGGAUCGCUCUGCAUAAUCAUUGUCAUUGGAGAAAUAUUUGUCUCCAACGAUACUGCCAAAUACCAUGGCUAUAACUGGAGAUAUCACUAUGGGGAUUGCCACCUCCAGAAUAGUCAUACAGAACGGCCCCAGCUAGCUGCGGCGGCAUUAUAAUUAUCGAUGCAGGGCCUGUUCUAUCUUGUGCAUGAUCAUAAUUAUUACUGUGUAGGGUAGCAGUAGUAACCCAGUCUGUUGCUUUUGAUGCACUUUGGUGGAUUGAUCAGGAAUUUGUCUUACAGUUUCUUAAAAUAAUUAUGGUGUUGCCUUGGCUGAAUUCAUAUUAUAUCAAGUAGCAUUGAUUUCAUUCGUGAUUGGCGCUUCAUGCCACCCUGCUGCCCGAACC